UGUGCUUCGUGGUUAUCUUUUGACCAAUACGUGCUCUCUAAUCAACCCCAGGAUCCCACCUUUGAUGCCUAUAAAAGCCUAUCAUCCUCAAACCCCUCUAAAAGGCAGUGUUUUACAGUGUUGAAAGUAUGUUCUCUCUGUUACGGGUGUUUGUGAUGACUCUGUCCAUGUCUCUGCUGCUUUGCAGCGUCAGUUCGGCACCAAGAGGAGACCUGCUCCUCCAGCUGCUCCAAUCAGAAGUGGAUCCCAAGGAGAAUGAGCUCCAGGAUCUCUCUCGCUUGCUGCUUCUGAAGCAGCUUUCUGAGUCGGUGGCACCUGAGGAGAAAGAAGCUCUUGAAAGCAUUGAUGAUCUUGAGGUUCGUAAUGAAGUGGUUCGCCAGAUUCCCCUCUCCCAACGAGAACGCAAAGCAGGCUGCAGGAAUUUCUACUGGAAGACCUUCACCUCUUGUUAGUCAACCUGCAAGACCCUUACAAACAUUGUUAUACUUGUGUAGCCAUCAAAAUAACAAUGAGACCAGGAAUAUUAUUCCAGUAUAGAGAGAGAUUAACUCUGACUUUUAAGCAGUGUAUGCUAUAAAAUGUUUGUAUUAUGGGUACUACUAGAAGUGAUGGUCAGAGAUUAUAUGAUUAAUGUUUAAAACCUUGAUAUAGAGGUUUUUGUGUUGACCUGGCAACAGUGUCAUUGGAUUGAUCGCUAUUCCUCUGUAAUAAAGUGUGAUCAGGGAAAACAUGUUUAUGU